GCAUACGAUUUAUUAAUGUUGCUUCUCCAUGUGAAUGUAGAGUUGGAGUUUGACGGCAUCAGCAUCAACAGCAUGGACGCCACGGGCCAGAGGGAUUUCGUCGCUGAGUUUCUCUUCUGGGCGUCGCUGUGUCUCACUCACCUCAGCAAGAUGGCGGGGGACCUGCUGCUCUACAGCACCAAGGAGUUCUCCUUCAUCGCUCUCGCUGACGCAUACAGUACUGGGAGCAGCCUGAUGCAACAGAAGAAGAAUGCAGACAGGCUGGAACUGAUUCGGAGCAAAGCAGGUCGUGUUCUUGGCAGUUGUGCAGGGUUCAUGAUGACCAUCAAAGGCUUACCGAGCUCCUACAACAAGGACCUCCAGAUACGCACAUGUGCAGGAGUGAACAGGAAUGUCCAGAGCUUGCUGUUGGAGUCUGGUGCUCCCCCCCCCCCGCUAGCGGUUGGAUCCAAGAUCGAUCCAAGAUGGCUGUUUGACUGCUUUGACACCCUUCACGGGGCCCUUCGGGUGACCACGGGAGUGAUGUCCACUCUCAAGCUGCCCUUCAGAGAGGCCCACGGACUCUCUGGAAGAGCCGUCUUCCAGGCAGAGUCUAAGAACGUCCCUCUGAACCAGCUGACUGUGGAGGACCUCGCCGCUAUAAGCCCCCUGUUUGACCGCGACGUGGCGGCCGUGUGGGACUACACCAGCAGUGUGGAGCAGUACAGCGCCCCCGGUGGCACGGCCCGGAGCAGCGUCACAGCGCAGGUGCAACACCUGAGGAGAUGGCUGCAGGACCACACCCAGUGAUCUCACUUGGCCAGUGAUGGACAAGAGACGACCGUUACCUCUGGUUGUUUUAUCAAGGGUUAUCCAGGUGUGCUUUUAAGCAUCAGAAUCAUGUUGUUCCAUAAAAUUCAUUGCAAACUCACCUCAUUUGUGUAUCGCUUUCCUUCGGUUCCUUCAAGCCGAUUAAAUUGGUGGAGUCUAUUUCCCUCUUGGCUAGGUUCAGACCACACCCCAUAAUACUGAGUCUUUCCAAGGUUGAGUUUAUUAGCUGACUUAGAGAUAUAUAUAUUAACACACGUGUUGACAUUUUCCUGAGCGGUUCAGUAGGUGUGUAGGAGAUGCAUCCCUUAGAUAUGCAAGUGUUUUGACCUGACUUUACAUCUCUGAACAGGUUUACUGUGUAAGCACCAACAUAUAAGGAUACAUCGUUACUCUCUGAAGAGCUGUUCUAUCAAUGUGAACAAUAUGCAAGAAGUGAAUAUUGAAGGGACGUUUUUCACAGGUUAACAACUUAAGAAUACCAUUGUACUACAUAAUGUACACACUUAUUGUACGCACUUAAUCUUCAAUGCACUUACCGGUAUUCAUAGUACAUAAUUGCGUCACAUCUGCAGUAGCUGCUUGCAUUGCUGUACACAGGGAGUGGGUUAGCCUAGCGAUUGUUAGUACUUGCACUUGGCUCUAUGAACAUCUUUACUGUACUGAAAGCAAUAUAUUGUUUGACAAAUGUACUUAUUGUAAGUCACUUUGGAUAAAAGCGUCUGCUAGAUGUCCUAAAUGUAAAUGUAAAUUGGUGCCAUUUUAUAUGUAUGUAUAUUUUUUAAUCAGAGAUUGAAAUCAGUCAUUCAUUAGUGUACACCUUCAAUGC